AUGUAUAAGAACCAGCUUCAGGAGCUGGCGCAGCGGAGCUGCUUCAACCUGCCGGCGUACACGUGCCUGCGGGAGGGGCCGGACCACGCGCCGCGGUUCAAAGCUGCGGUCAUCUUCAACGGCGAGCAAUUCGAGAGCCCCGGGUUCUUCACGACGCUCCGCCAGGCCGAGCAUGCUGCCGCCGAGGUCGCCCUCGCCGCGCUCGCCCGGCGCGGCCCCUCUUACUCCCUAGCCGCCCGCAUCCUGGAUGAAACAGGGGUUUACAAAAACCUUCUACAGGAAGUAGCCCAGAGAGUUGGGGCACCGUUGCCUUCAUAUACAACAGAGCGGUCUGGCCUUGGCCAUCUGCCAGUUUUCACAUGCACAGUAGAAUUAGCGGGGAUCACCUUUACAGGUGAUCAUGCUAAGAAUAAGAAGCAAGCUGAAAAAAAUGCUGCUUCUGCAGCCUGGGCUUCGUUGAAACAAUUGGCACGUGAGGAGGCGAAUACGACCAAUGAACCGGAGAACAAUGAUGAGCAGGAGCAGAUCAGGAUUGCCCGAGCCCUUCUCAACUAUCGCACGAAGGAAAAGAUAGCGAUGGCCAAUAAUCCCAAUGCUUCACCAUUUCCCAAGAAAUUUCCCAUGCAACCAGAGAGGAAGCCUUGUUUUGGUCAAUCCUCUCAGUCCAGUUACUCGAAGAUUCUUCCUCUAUUCCGGCCAAAGUCUAGUUCAAGAUCCAGACCAGAGUCACCAGCCGCGGCUGAUGGAGCAUCACAGUCACCGUUCUGGCCCAUUGAAAGCUCUAAUUCAAGGUCGAGGUUCCCGGCCGCAGAAGCAGCCCCUUAUGUCCCAGUUGGGCACUACCGUAUGCCUUGUCAUAGUAUGGCUCCUCCGGUCACAGUCAGGAGCUCUAUCCCUGUGUUCUCUGCUCCACCUCUCCCACCUCCAAGUGGACGCACACAGCAGCUUCCUCCUCUCCUGAGCAACCCACCGUCAGUCCGGAUGGCAUCCCCAGUUCACAUCAGGCCAGCUUCUCCACACUUUGCUCCCUUGGGUCCUGCGCAGCGUCCAAGACCUGUGAUGUCUGUUCAGAUGAAGGAUGUGCAGCACAAGCCAAUAAGGGAAUCGAUGUCGUCUGCGAUCCCUAUUCAGGUGAAGGAUGCGCAGCAGAGGCCAACCAAGGAAUCGCGAUCAUCUGCGAUGCCUGUUCAGGCAAAGGAUGCGCAACACCAGCUGUUUAAGGGAUCGAUGUCGUCGUCUGUGAUGCCCAUUCAGAUGAAGGAUGUGCAGCCCCAGCCAGCAAAGGAACCAUUGUCAGAAGGUAAGGACGCACCACCGGCGGCGACUGAGCCUCCGGUUAAGAUCGAGGCUCCAGCUCAAGUCAAGGAAGCUUCAGAGGUGGUCACCAGUGAAGUAGUCCCAUGCCCUGCUGUUGAUGCUGCUAGUUCUGCUUCUACUUCUACCAGUGAAUGCAGCACUGCUGCCCCAGCAAGCCAGUCUGGGGCUGAUGAUGAUGCAGCCAAGGGUGAAGAGGCGCGUGAGGACGUCCUGGAAACUGAAGCAGCACUGGAGGAGGGCAUCAUCAAGCUUUUAGAGAUAAAAUGA